GAAAUAAGUGAGCUCGAGCUAGUCUUUAUAAUUGUAAAUGAAGCUUAGUAUAUGGUACAUAUCACCCUUGUUUUGCCUUUGAUUCUCGGCUUAAUAUUCUGUGACUUAAGUUGUUACUAAAAAAUCGGAAAAACAGCCGAGGAAAGAAAAAGGGGUGUGAUUUGCGCCUUAGCCAGCCGCCGAGCGGGGGUCAAGCUGCCUGUGCUGCAGGAGGCGCACCACCAGGCUAUGUACUACAAAAAGCCCGUGGUGAAGAAAAAAGCGCAGCGGAUCGUCAAAAGGUAGGCUAGUCCUGCCGCGGGGUGGUCGUGUGGUCAGCCACGACGGGCCCAGACCCUGUCAGCAGAGAGGGAGAAGCUCUUUGUUUGGCCCCCCAGCACCAGCUGUCAGCAGCCGGGCAGAUUAUGUGAAUGAGCGCAGGAGGCAGCAGGACAGCUCGAGCCUGGCAGUUGAUGCCACUCGUGGACGAAAUGUGCGGCAGGGGCUUCAUGUGUCAUUGGCGAGGCGACGACGGCAAACCCCUGGAGGACUGCAAGGCCGGGGACGCGAAGCGCAACUGGCACAAGUGCACAAGGAAAGCGCAGAGGUGGGGGAAGAAGUGCAGACCUGGGCAUCACCUGCCCUACGGACGGCGGAACCGGCCGGGACCGCGACUGUCACUGCGUCCCGUAAACAACCAAGGCAAUAGGGCGCCGGGGAUGAGAGCCCCGAGGAACACCAACCAGUUCCUCAUGCAUGAGAAGUACCAGAUGAUGCAUAUGCGAUCGGACUCUGUGGGCACGGACAGCGGCUCGGACUGCGAGAUGGACAUCGCGGACAUGGACUCGUACCUCGGCAUGCUAGAAAACGCCCGCGGCGGCCUCAUGGACGGUCCUGAUCCGUUUCCAGCGCCUGCCAGGUUUUGUCCGCGACGGCUGGCCAAAAGCCAGCAUUUCCAGUUGAGUUUAACCGAGAUCCAUCAAGAAGAGAGCAUGCAAUACUUCCCUUCCGAAGACGAUGUCAUGCAAAGUGAAGAUUUCAUGGAGAAAGAUUUUAUUGACUUUUGUGACAGGGUAACGUGUGUAGCACCCUAUGCUGUGUAAAAUAACGCGCACCAUCAGUCAGUAUGCCUUUAAACAGUGGUCUACGUAUCUUCUUUUUUUUUUACUUGGAACUUUACACGAACGAACUGUAAAAUUUUGAUAUGUAAAUUAUUCUUCGGCGAUUGCCAGCUUUUUGUUUUCAGUAUUGAAAAGAAAAGGGUGGGUUGAGUAGGAGGAGAGUCAAACAGCCAAUCAUACACGAUGUUUGCAUUAAAGGCGAUCGUCUGCCUGUCAUUGUAAAUACGUUAAUCUCCCCAUAAAAUAAACGCUGUAUAAACUGGUGAA